AUGGCUUUUUUCAUCAUCCUGUGUAUUUGCCUUUCUUGUUUGAGUCUUUUCUUACUAUGGAAUCAACACCAUGACAAAGGGAAGCUUCCACCUGGACCCAGUCCUUUACCAGUUGUUGGAAAUAUUUUGCAAGUGGAUAUUAAAAAUAUUAUCAAGUCUCUGAACAUGUUAGCAAAAGAGUACGGCCCAGUGUUCACUGUGUAUCUGGGCAUGAAGCCCACUGUGGUGCUGCAUGGAUAUGAAGCAUUGAAGGAAGCUCUGAUUGACAGAGGAGAUGAGUUUUCUGGCAAAAUGCAGUCACCAUUACUCAACAAAGAAAGCCAAGGGUUAGGACUAAUUUUUAGCAAUGGAGAAAUAUGGGAGCAAACACGGCGUUUUUCCCUCAUGAUCUUAAGGUCUUUGGGGAUGGGAAAGAAAACUAUUGAAGACCGAAUUCAGGAGGAAGCCCUUUGCCUGGUAGAAGCAUUGAGAAAAACCAAUUGGUCUCCCUGUGACCCUAACUUUCUUCUGGCUUGUGUCCCCUGCAAUGUGAUCUCUGCUGUCAUUUUCCAGCAUCGUUUUGACUAUAAUGAUGAGACAUUCAUAGGCUUCAUGAAGAAUUUUCAAAGAAUUAUUGAAAUUUUAACAUCUCCUUGGAUCCAGCUCUGCAGUGCCUAUCCUGCUUUAUACUGUCUCCCAGGAAGCCAUAAUGAAUACUUUAAAAUUUUGACUGAAAUAAAAGUGUUCAUUUUGAAGGAAAUAAAAAGGCAUCAAGAAUCUCUGAACCUCAGUAACCCUCAGGACUUUAUUGACUAUUUCCUGAUUAAAAUGGAAAAGGAAAAACACAAUAAAAGGUCUGAAUAUAGCAUGGAUAACAUGAUCGCCACCAUAUCUGAUCUUUUUCAUGCGGGAACAGAGACAACAAGUUCCACAAUGAAAUAUGGGCUUUUUCUUCUGCUGAAGCACCCAGAGGUCACAGCUAAAGUUCAGGAAGAAAUUGCACAUGUGAUUGGCAGCCACCGGAGCCCCUGCAUGAAGGACAGGAGUCACAUGCCCUACACAGAAGCCGUGCUGCAUGAGAUCCAGAGACACAUUGAUCUUAUUCCUAUUCCUUUGCCUCGGAAAACAACACAGGAUGUGGAGUUCAGAGGAUAUCGCAUUCCCAAGGACACAAAUGUAAUGAUAUGUCUGACUUCUGUCCUGAAUGAUAAAAAAGAGUUUCCCCACCCUGAGAAGUUUGACCCUGGUCAUUUUCUGGAUGAAAGAGGCAAUUUCAAGAAGAGUGACUACUUUAUGGCUUUCUCAGCAGGCAAAAGAGCCUGUAUUGGAGAAGGUCUGGCUCGCAUGGAGAUGUUUUUAAUUUUGACCAACAUUUUACAGCAUUUUACUUUAAAACCUCUGGUCAAUCCAGAGGACAUUGACACCACCCCAGUUCAAUCUGGUCUACUGUCUUUGCCUCCAUCCUAUGAGAUCUGCUUCAUUCCAAUCUAA